AUGGCAAAAUAUCAGGUUGUGCCGGUCAAUCACCAAGAGUGGUCAAACCCUCUUACACUCACCUCGAUCAAUAAUGUCGAUGUCCUUGGCGUGCCGCUCUCCUCUGACCCUUCGUUACCGGCUUAUUCCUUUAAGUCCGCUAUGUCGCGUGUUGCACUACCAUCCACCCACCUCAAACGUGCAACCGUUAGCUUUAGACCGACUGAAGGCUAUUCCUGCGAAUGGGAUCAAGCUGGAUUCCUGUUUGUGCGCCCAAAAGCGGAGCUUCCUGAGCCAUCGGCAGAGCAUCCGGGAAGUUCAGGCACUGCACCUUCAUUUAUCAAGAUUGGAAUUGAGUUUUGGGAAGGGAAAAUUUAUCAUAUGAUCUGUUCCAGUCACGAAGACCUGACUGACUGGAGCUUGCACGCAAUUCCUGAAGCCUAUGAAAACGAAAAGGAUAUUACAAUGGAAAUUUCGAGAUUUGGCGAUCGUCUUGCCAUUCACGCCAUCUACGGACAAGGACCCCAUACAGUGAAGAGAAUGAUCCGUAUUGUCCCGUGGUGUUUUGUGAAUGAGAGCAAGGAUGACCCAGAUAUCUGGGUAGCAGUUUAUGUUUCAAGACCUGACGCUGCUAGGACCACGACUAAGCCUCUUGUUGUGCAAUUUCACGAUUUUGAGAUCGAGGACUUGGAUGGAGUGACUCGGGUUGAUAGGUAA